AUGGACGUCACAAGGACAACGACACAGUCGCAGCAGCUAUACGAAGAGAACAAGACGAGCAGCAAUGUGGUCGUGCAUGUGGGAGACGCGUCUACGGGCGCUGUGCACGCGGUGGCGCUGGAUUCUGUCAAUGUCGUGAUUGAAGAGCUGCGCGAAGAGCUGGAGCGUCUCAGUGGUGUUCCUAUGGGCGAGCAGAUUCUAUUGUGCGGUCCGCCCUUUGCUCGCUUGGAUCCACGUCGAGCCGUUGAGGCGUACGGGUUACCAGCAGACCACAAGGAGGUGUUUUUGUACGACCGCCGACUGCUGUCACGAGAGACAACAACAGCUGCGGUAUUACCUGCGGCAGCAGCUUUAACUCCAGCUGAAGUGACAUUGCCGUCGCAGCCAGUGGCGUCAUCGGGAGGCUCCAAGAUGUUGAGUGAAAGCUCCCAUCCGAUGAUGCGGGCGUUGGCAGAGUACGAGGGCUAUUUCCAACUACAGGUCAGCCAGAGUGAAGCAUUGCAGAAUGGCAGUCUCGCCAAUAUUCGGGCGAGUGAACGCGGUGCACAGGAGUUGCAAGUUCAGGAGCGAGCGAUCGCUGCAGCUGUUGCAAAUCUGGAUUUGUUCAAGACGUCAAUGAUGAAGCACUUUGCUCCGUUUUGGGCAGAAUUCGAGGCUGCAAGCAACAAGCACGAAGGUCUCUUGGAUAAGUUUGAUAGCCAUCUCGAGGUGCUGACCACAGUGGAGCUUCAUCCAGCAUUGGUCACGGCAGAAAGGAAGACACUUUACGACUGUAUACCUGUUGAAAAGGAGCGUGAGUGGGCCGCGCAGUGCGAGCAGUCACACACGCAUGUUCGAGUACAAGUGCUGAAGCUGCAACAAGUUCACGACGAAAUUUGCAGCGAAGUUGUUGACAUGAUGACUGCACAUGCUGAAUGGAGUCGAGGUCAUGAUGAAGCAAGUGUUGAGUUGGAACAGAUGAAAGCGCUGUGCAGUAAGCAAAUGAUUAUUACACGUACCUUGCGUGACAAUCUACAGUACGUGCUCAGCAGUAUUGAGGAGACAUCAGCGAUAGCAGGUGGAAGUAACCUUAUGCAAGCGUCGACGAAUGCUUUAGACGUGUGUCGGCGCAUCGACAAAUUAUACCAAGGCCAGCAAAAUAUGGUUCCUGAUGCACAGAAGCUCCUCGAACGUAUCGCGUAUCACGUGAACGAGAUAGCUGCUAGAAAAGAUAUUGCUUAUGCAUGGGUGCACUCAACUCUGCGCCGAGUCUCCAUCUUGCAGUCGAAAAUCCGGGAUUUCGAGACUUCCCUGGCGGUAUUUCGUGAGGCUUUGGCUGCCCAGAAGCAACACUUUCACGAGCUGGAACACCUGGAGAAGCUACCCGAAUCGUAUGUGGCUUGUCUAAAAGAGAUCUCGAGACGUCUGAAGUAUGGCCGUCUGUUUUCAGACCGAAUUCAGUCAAUGGCGGAGGAACUUGCCCAGAUGCGUGGGGAUGAGGUCCAGCACCGUGAGGAAUUUCUGCGUAGCUACGGUCAGCAUCUGCCUCGUGACUUUGUCUCAGGGCUUGCAGAGAAGCCAUCUCACUGUGAGUUUCGCAUGCGCCCAUUCGACGAAAGCCUCCCUAGUAUUGAAGACGAAGACGACCACGACCUUAGUCUAUCUGAAGAGAAGCAACGCUUGUCUUCGGUGGAAGUAGGUGAUCGUGAGGACCGUGGCAGUUUUUCCGAGCCGACCGCGAAUGCAGAUCGGGUUCUUCAGGACCGGUGCAAUGAAUUGGAGACGCGAGUGUUGAAGCUCACUGCUGAGUUAGAAGAGUCGAAAAAGGGCUUGUACUAUGGAUCUGGAAGUGAAUCAAUUUCCCGAUCCGAUACAUCCAAGACUAGUGCACGGGAAGGAGACAGUUCGUGCGAGUUUCCACUGGUAAUGGCGCUGGCAGCGACAGCAGGUGGCAUGACGAAUUCUUCGGAAGGUGACCGGUCGAGUCCGCGACGCAAUAUCGAUGCCAACAAUAAAGACGCGACCAUUGCUAAGCUGGAGAGUGAAAAUCGGCAAUUUUUGCUGAAUGCAGCAGCCUUUGAAGAAUAUCCUUUUCCACUAAUCGUCUGCAUUGCUUUGUUGUUUGCUGUUGAUGACUUUACGGAGAUUCAGGAGCGGUUAAAGCGCGAGAACCAGUUGAAGGAGAACCAGUCCAGACUCCAGCAGACGAUCACGGAUCUGAGUAGCAGCGUCCGAAUACAGCGAACGGCAUUAGCCAGGUUACGUACGCUGCUGCAGCUUCCUGUUAUCGAAGAUGAUGCCGUGCUCGUAGACGCAAGUUUCGACGCUAUUGAAGUGCGUGUAAAGGAGUUGUUAGCCGCUGCCGAGUCAGAAGUGAUGCUGCAAUCGGAGCUAGAGCAGCGGCGGUCAGACUUUCGCUUGAUGGAGUCCGAGCAGGACGUGAGCGACUCGUUUAAGAUCUCUUUUCGCAGCUUCAGUGUGAACGACCUGGCACUGUUUUUGCCGACCUCAGCUCCUGGGAGUGAUGUCCAACGGGUGUAUCUGGCUUUCCAUCUCGGUUGUCCACACCGCUUUCUCUCGGAAGAGUCCAUUUCGUCGUUCAGCAAUGACGGGCAAAGAUAUCCCGACUACGUUGUGGGUCGCAUCGUGCUGAUUGACGAGCAAACUGCUGUUGAUGGCAAUAAUCCAUACGCACUGCAUCUCGGGACCACUUUCUACGUCUUGACUGUAGCCAGUCUCCAUGAAAGCUAG